AUGUCAUACCCUACCAGGUUUGGCACGCCAGAAGCGACGCAGCGCAAUCUUGCGCCCAUCACCGAGGCACUAUCUUCUGUUCUGGACGGCGCAGGCAUCAGCGCUGGCGAGGCGUCCUCUGGAUCCGGUCAGGUGAGCCAGCCAGAUGCUUCGCUCGGGGCGCAUACCGGUAUCCUGGCUGGGCUGAUGGUGGACAGGACCAUUGACGAGGCUCUGGAUAGCGAGAGGACUGGUGGACGUCUUCAGAACGUCAGGAAUGGGCUUGAGCUGGAUAUAGGCUCCGAACAAGCCUGGGAGAGGUGGGAGGGUGAAGUGCGGAGAGCCGCAAGCGGAGGCCUCGGUGGGACUGAUCCGCAAGAGGCGCUCUUCGAGGGGCUCAUCAUGGUCAAUGUCGUACAUUGCUGUCCGGUUGAGUACCCCGAGAAUGUCUUUCGUCACCUCUCGCCUUCUGCGACCAAGUCAGAUACAGCGCCUCUCCUGGACCCAUCUAAUGGCUGGAUAGCCAUUUACUCGCCCUUCCGAGCGGACGACGGUUCCUACAAGAGCGAAGCGGACGAGAAGUUCGACAAGGGCUACAUCAAAGCCGGAAGCGAUCUCCUAGGUCUCCGCACCGUCCCAUGUCUGACACAGAUGGCCGAACGAUGGGGCUUUGGACUGGUAGAGAGGAGAGAUAUGCCUGCUGGCAAUUUGUUUUUGGUGUAUAGGCCUAUGAGCAAGGGAUGA